AUUCUGCCUCAGAUCCAUCUGGUUGGAUCGUAGAAAUCGAUUUAUCAAUUCCUUGUUAAGUCCCUGGUAAUAUUACUAAAUAAUUUUCAACGUUGUUUUAGGGUUUUACUUUCUUUUUUUAAUCUAUGUUCUGUGCAGUGUUGUUACAUUAAAGUAAAGCCCUCGGGAAAAUGUUGGCACAGCGGGAGCUCCAUACCCGGACGCGCCUGCGCCGUCAGGAGGAAGGAGGAGAAAGUCGCUCCUGCGGCUGGACGCUCCCGGCGGGUCCGCUUCUGGGAGUCAAAACUGCUUCUCCACAAACUUCAAAUGGACGGUAACGGCAGCAGCCAACAACCAAAGAUGCAACUUCCUAGUGAAAGUCCAGAUGACAGACAAAAGGACACAAGACAACAAAGAGACAAAGAGGAGCCACACAAAAGUGUGAGCUUGGCAGCCAGCUCUUCCUACCUAAUGGACAGACACUAUGUGGUGAGAAAGCCACUGUUCUCUGCAGAGCAGCACAUGUCUGUCCUAAAGACAGCACAUUCACACAAGGCCACAGAAAAGGAAAACCACUCUAGCCGAUCCAGAGAUUCUGACAUGAGUGAAGCGUGGAUUCCAGACAAAUGCAACCUUCCACGCUGUGACAUUUCAGCUCCCCCAAAGACUAGAGACCCCAGUUUCUUCCUCAGUGCCACAGGGCUCCAGGCUCAAUCAUGCUGGGAAAAAUCCCUCUCCAGAUCUCCUUUCCAUGACAGGAAAUCUGCUCAGUCGAGCCUUCCAAGUUCCUUUUUGCACGUUCAAAAAGUGCGUUUUCCAUUGAGGCCGCCUCUGACCUCAGAAGUGCUGUCUCCUACCUGCAGCUGGAGCUCAAAGAUGUGUUCUCCUGGAGCAGGGGAAGAGAGUCCAGCUUCUCCCUAUCAGGAAAACUACUGGGCCUGUGCCAUUCCUAAAGCUUUGCCGACAUUUCUGAACAGGAACUCUGCAGACUGGAAUCCAAACGUGGAGUAUGAGGCACUGCUGGAUUAUACCUACCCUCUGAAACCAGGACACGUGAACAGUGACUGGGACAGCACCAAACAGAAUCAGGAGUUUCUUCUUAAAACACACACCAGUUUGCAGGACUCUGGGAUUGAAUUGGACCAACUUUGUAGCUCCACAAGCUUGUCGGGUCAAGACUUUUCUCUAAGUGAUGCAGGCCAAAGCAGAGAACGAAGCACUUUGAGUGCAGGUCACAGGUCACCUGACCCUCACCUGUUCCCCAGAUUCUCGGAUGGUUCAGCCUCCAGUUUCAUGCCCUCUCCUACUGGCUCAGCCAAUGUCUUCGUUGGGGCUUUGGACUGCUGCACAAACGAAGGGGAAGAAAAUACUCACACCCACAAUGAGAUCAAUGUCAGCACUGCUAGUCCGGGAGCAUUUACGAGGAAAGUUGAUGAUGAAUUUUGGCCUCUUCCAGAGCAGCUGGGCGUGUCAGCUCAUCUGUCCAAACAGGUGAGGGAUCUGACAGCAGAGCUGAGCCGACCUGCCAGCUGGGAGUCGACUGAACAGGGAACUACAUCAACCCUGUUGUCCUCCGUUUGCCUCCAGAACCUGGGCAACUUUGAUGAAGAUUCUAAAAGGACAAAACUAAAAAGCAGAGGACAGAAGAUGACUUUUCAGACAGCAAGUGGUCGCAGGGAGGCGGUCGGCUCAGGAAACACUUUGGACAGGAGAGUGGAUUCUACUGGAGAGAGACGGAAGGAGUCCAGACUCAGGGAGGCUGAGGAUGUGGUGGAGGAGCUGGGCGGCACCGUCCUGCCUGACUGUCAGACGAACAGCUCAGUGGAUCAGGAAGAUCACCACACACUGAUGAAACACAUACAGGUUUUCUGUUCACACCUGGAGCUGCUUAUCCAGCAGCUUUAUGCAGUUUCUCAGAGGGUGGGGGAGUUCUCUGCUCCUACUGAGGACAUGAACAGCAUCAGGUCGUCUUUGGCCGAGUACCAGCGCUUCCAAAAAGAGUUGAGCAGCCAUCAGCCCCUAACUUCAUCUGUUCUCCAUUCUGGACAGCAUCUCCUCAACUGCAUCAAUGCAACCUCUCCAUUUCUAAGAGACACCCUUCUUCUUAUUGAGAAGCAGUCUGGAGUCCUGCAGACCCAAUCCGACCACCUCUUCUCCUCCAUCAUGUCAGCUGUGGAUAGCCUGACACAGCCCAGUCCAGUAACAAAAAAACAAGAGAAUGAGCCUGCAAUCUCCCACAAGCCCACGUUAUGAAGAGAAAGAAAAAUAUUGGGUGUUUGUACAUGACAAUUAGUUUGAUUUUAUUACAACGAUGUUGUUUUUGGUGUACCCCUUGUUCUAUCCUAGGCAUGUUUACAUUAAAGUGGGGUCAUCUGGACCCCAAAAGACAGCACGCUGACCUGUUUUUUCAAGGAUUUUAUGUCUUCGUUCGUGGCAGACAUGAAGUCCUGUCCACAUUUGUCAUGGGAGGAGUCACACAUCAAUGUUUAUUUUAAACAUUACAAAAUAGUAUUUUGGGUAGCUUGUAAUAUUUACCUGUUUUAUGAGAUUUAUAGUUCAUGGUAAGGGAUUCUAAAUAAAUGAAUUCACAAAGCACUUUCUGGCUUGAUUAAGGCUACGGCUGUAACUGGUCACCAAACUCACGGUGUGGAUUGUGUCACCGUUUUAGGGUCACGGUUUGGAUCAUUUUUCGGAUCAGUAAAAGAAAAAAAAGGAAAA